CGAGAGAGGGAUAGGGGGGACGAAACGAGCACAGCCGGCGACACGGCGAAACGAAAGGGUGGUUCGCUCGCUCGCGGUUACAGUUUAGUCCCGUGAGUGCGUGGAGUCGUGGCGUUCAAGUCGCCCCGGUGCCGCUUUUAAACGGACGGAAGUCGAUUUCUACCGAGCCACAGUUUCCGGUACCGCGAGACGUGCCUCGAUCUCGCGCGUACUCCUCGCCUCGUCCAAGGGGAUGAGUUUUUUGUGUGUACCGCGUACGUACGUAGGUGUAGAGCAGGGCGAGCCCCGAGGGUGAAAGGGAGAGAAGGCUACGUAGGUGUGUGCGCGGCCGCGAGAUUCGUCGAGGGUAUAGAGAGGAACAGAGAGGGAUAGGUAGAGAGAGAGAUAGAAAGAGGACGAGAGAGCGAGAGGUGCAGCGGCACGGAAGUGUGGCGGUGUCGAGUCGUGGUGGAUAGUGGCGGUUCGGGCGGUAGGUCGGAUCGGUCGGUUGAACAUCGUUUUCGUCGUCGUCAUCGUCGUCGUCGUCGUCGUCGUCGUCGGCGUCGCGAUCGUCGUGGUCGGUGACGAGGGGCGAACGAAAAUAGGCUGAGGGAAAAGGAACGGUAGGGUGAGGACGGAGAAGGCGGCGGCAGCGGUUAGGAAGAGGAACGUGGAGAAGAGACCGCGGGACCAGUGAGAAGAGACGCGAGGAUGAGAUCGAUAAGGAGGUGGUAUGGGUUUCGCGAAACGGGAACGUCGCGACGCGUGUAGACACGGAUAGUAGCUGGUAAACAGACGCGCGUAAAAUACGCACGCACGCGCCUCCGGAGCCGGCUUCACGGAGCGAGCACCGUGGAAGGACGAGUCGGUUCUGGACACCGGGAGGACGCGAGCAGCGAGCGGAGAUCGAGGACCUGGACCCCGGAAAGCGAGGGAGAGAGGAUGAUAAAAACGGGGGUGUGAUUGACCGGUGGAGCACGAUUUCGAGGGAACGAGACGUUCGUCCCUCUUUCUCUCUCCCCCCGCGAUCUCUGUCCAUCGCUACUCGAUGGGCUUUGCCGGUGAAAGAAGGUCAAAGAUCGAUCGCGGUGUACGAGGGUCGUGACCUCACGCAUCCACGGGACGAGCCACGCGUGCGGCACGGCUUUCUACGACGGAAGAGGAUCGGGGAAACGAGGAAAGGAGAGAAUUGGUUUCGCUCGACGACGACGAUGCCGAUCGAUCGCCGGGCUGCUCGUCGAUCGUCGCGUUAGGCGUUGUCGUCAAUGCUUGCCGCGCGUCGACGAACAUUUUCGCGUAGAGUAGAAGGGCCGCCAGGCCGGUUCGGGGCCAGGUCGCGUCAGAAAUCGGAUUCGAUCGGAUGGACAUCGCGGUGGAUCUCGAAGGAUCGAGGAUCGACGCACGUGACUCAAGUGAAAGCGAUGCGCGAGGUUGAUCCGAACCAAGUAGCGAGGCUAGAUCGACGCGAAUCGUGUAGGACAGAAGUAUCGUAGAACAUUAGACGGAGGAGUGCGAAAGGGUGGAAGAGGAGCGAGGUGGAGGAAGAGGAGAGCGUUCGAGCAAUCGACGGAAGGCGAACGAUCGUUGGGUUAUCCGAGGAGCAGCGAAACGCGCGAGGAGACUGAGGGAAUCCUCCACGAGAAGGCGGAAGAGGCUCGGAUAGAGCGCGUGCCACACUAACCGGAAGAAGCGAGAGGACCGAUCGACGAAUCGAAACAGCGGCGUAGAAACGAUGUCGCGAGACCCGUACUCGAGCGGAAGCGGAGUCGGGCCGGGAGGCGGCACUCGUUCGCCUCGCAGCGGUCGUCGCGUAGGCGAACUGCCCACGGUCGACCGUAGCCCGUCGCGGAGCUACGCGAGCGGCCGUGGCAGUCCUUUGGGUCGUAAGAGAGGCACUCGAAGCGGGAACAACUCGCCGGAGCACCUCGGAUACGGCAGCUACCAUCACCAUCAGCUGGGCAGUCCGUACUACUCCCGCGACGAGGACCUCGCCAGUCCCGUGAUGCUCGAGGAGAGGGGCAGGAGUAUGUCAACCGGGGGCGGUGGGGGCGGACAUCACAGAUCCAGAAGCGCCUCGAGACCCGCCAUGUCCAGCUCGGCGGGCAUGUCGGCGAGGUACACCAGCCUCGAUCGUGCAUCCGCGGGUAUACUCGAUCACGACCGCGAGUUCGUGCCCAUCAGGGAUCCCCGUGAACGUAGCCGCGACCGCGGAUUGUACCUGGAGGAUGAGCUCUACGGUUCGAGAUCGGCCAGGCAGAGCCCGAACCCGCACAUGCUCCGCGACACCGGCGGAUACAUCGGCGAACUCCAGCAUCAGAACAACGAUCUCCAACGAGAGCUCGGGAACCUCAAGAAGGAGCUCGAGCUGACGAACAGAAAGCUCGGCUGCUCGAUGAAUAGCAUCAAGACCUUCUGGAGUCCCGAGCUCAAGAAGGAGAGAGCGCUGAGGAAAGAGGAGAGUUCCAAGUACAGCCUGAUCAACGAACAGCUGAAGCUCCUCAGCUCCGAGAAUCAGAAACAAAGCAUGAUGGUCCGGCAACUGGAGGAGGAGCUGAGGAUGCGGAUGCGAGGGCCGAGCGUGGAGGUUCAGCAACAAAUGGAAGUUCUGUACAACGAGAACGAGCACCUGACACGAGAGAUCGCCAUACUUCGUGACACGAUCAGGGAGUUGGAAUUGAGAAUAGAGACGCAGAAGCAGACCUUGCAAGCUCGGGAUGAAAGCAUCAAGAAGCUGCUCGAGAUGCUCCAAAACAAGGGGAUGGACAGAGACCGUUUGAAAAUCUGGACAUCGAGCAGACCUCCCAAGAGCUUCUCGUUGCUUUCUGCUGUUCCAGGAAAAGAGGAGGAAAGGAUCAUGUUCCAGCAGAUGCAGUCGAUGGCCCAGAAGCAGACACGUUCUUGCCCAUCACGACUAACCGCUAUCAUGGCCAACCGUCGUAAUCGAUGCUUGAGCAGCGGGACGGUCCGAAAGUCGUCAAGUCGCGUCAAGGCGAGUCGUACCCAGGCCCAAGAGAGGACUUUGCGACUGUUUGGCACCGACCUGAUGCGACAUGCGAUAAUACGACGUCGUUCUCCUCGCGAGCUCAAAGCGACGAACGAGAGCCUGAAGAACCUGCAGACGCAGCUGGAGCUGGCGUACGCGUCGACCGCGUCAUCCGGGGCGGCAGUGGCUGGCGGAAGCGCUGGUUACGGCGGGCUAGGUAGCGUAUCAGGUGGAGGCGGUACUGUCCUUGGAGGUAGCGUGGCGGUUCCAGGCGGCGUGCCCGGUAGCACCACCCUGACGGCCAUCAUGGAGACGAAAGACGCGCGUAUUGAAACCCUGGAGAAGGAAGUGGCGCUGCUCGAGACCGAGUUACAGCGUAUUAAGGAAUGCGGCGGUAGACUGAGGGAUCAGUUGUUGAAAGCGACCGCCGUAGUUAGUAGUAGCGGGGGUAGCAUGCAGCAACAGAUAACGGCGCAGCAACCGGCGAUGCAACAGCAGCAACAGCAGUUCGCUGUUGGUAGUAUCGAUACGCGACAGGGAUUGGUGACGGGUAUGGGUGGUCCGCAGCAGCCCGGCACGUUGGCCCUGGCCAGGGGACCGUCCGUGAUGACCUCGCUGGUACCAUACGGUCACACGUCGUCCACGGCUUUAACCAGUUCGUUGCUUGCCGGUUCGACAGGUGGGACCACGAGCGGCGGUGUGGGCGGUUCCUCGUGCCUGGCUGGCAUCUCGUCGGGCGCUACCACCGGCGUGGUCAAUCCCUUUACCGAUCGUUACGCCGAUCAUCAUCUCCAUCAGGUUCACCCUCAUCUUCAUCAUCAUCAGCCUCACUUCCAUCAACAGCAGCAUCUCCAGCAGCAGCAGCAGCAGCAGCAGCAGCAUCAUCAUCAAUUGCAGUUACACCAUCAACAACAAAUCCAGCAACACUUGAAACAAAUUGAGCCCGCGGCGCAGGGCGCGUUGGCGUUGCACGCGCACACCUUCAACAAGCACGACAUGAACUUCAAACGGCAACUGGAGGAGCUACGGACCGAAGUGCAGCGCAGAGACCAGGAACUAUUGGCCAUGUCGGCGAAGAUGAAGACGCUCGAGGAGCAGCACCAGGAUUACCAGCGGCAUAUCACCGUGCUCAAAGAGUCGCUCUGCGCCAAGGAGGAGCAUUACAACAUGAUGCAGGUCGAUGUCGAAGAUUUGCGGCAGAGGGUCGAGGAGAAGAACCGGAUGAUCGAAAAGAAAACGCAGGCCGCGAUGCAGGCGACACAGGAAAGGAAUCGUAUGAGCACGGAACUGGCCGAGUUGAAGGAUCACAUGGACAUUAAGGACAGGAAGAUCAACGUGCUUCAGAGAAAGAUCGAAAAUCUGGAGGAUCUGCUGAAAGAGAAGGACAACCAAGUCGACAUGGCCAGGGCGCGUUUAACGGCAAUGCAGGCGCACCACUGCAGCAGCGAAGGCGCGCUGAGUAGCCUCGAGGAGGCAAUAGGAGAUAAGGAAAAGCAAAUGGCACAAUUACGUGAACAGAGGGACCGGGCCGAGCAGGACAAGCAGGAAGAGAGGGAAUUACACGAGAGGGAGAUCGCCGAGUACAAAAUGAAGAUCCACGCGCUCGAGUCCGAAGUCGAGAAAUUAGGCGCCAGACUGGAGAGGGCACAGGCAGAGAAGGACCGGCUGGAAACGAAGCUCGAAAGCUCGCAGUCCGAGCUCGGCAAGAGUAAAGCCGAGCUGGACAAAGCUGCGUCCGAGGUCGGCCGCAGCGGAGCGGACUGGGAGGCUGCCAAGCAGAGAAUGGCCAGAUUAGAACUAGAAAACGAGAGGCUCAGGCACGAGAUGGACAGGUCUCAAACCUACGGCAGGAGCACGCUCAAUUCUUCUCAGGAGAUGGACAGGAUUCAAGAGAAAGCGGAGAAGACGGCGGCGGAACUCAGAAGGGCCCAAGCUGAGCUCAGGGUCACGCAGGCCGACAACGAGAGGGCCCGGGCCGAAGCCGCUGCUCUCCAAGAGAAGGUGGAGAAGAGCCAAGGCGAAGUGUACAGGCUAAAAGCUAGACUGGAGAAUGCUCAAGGCGAACAGGAAAGUCUUCGGGACGAGUACGACCGAGCGCAGUCGUCGGUCGCUCGUCUGCACUCGGAACGGGACAAGGCGAUCGCGGAACUGGAAAAGACACAGGAAGAACUGGAACGGACUCAGGCGACCCUCGGCAAGGCACAACUUCAACAGGACAAAUUGCAGAAUCUAUUGGACAAGACGCAGAGCGAAGUGGACAAGCUACAGGAGAAACUCGACAAGACGCAAACGGAAAUUCGAAGGAUGCAAAUGGAGAAGGAAAAACAGAAUUACGACUUCGACAACUUGCAAAGCCAACUGGACAAAGCACUGGGUCAAUCGACGAGGAUGCAGAAGGAACGAGAAACGAUUCAAUUAGAGGUGGACCGGUUGCAGGACAAAUACGAGAAGGCUCAGAUCAUAAUGCAGAGACUGCAGAAGGAGAGGGACGGGUUCCAGGAGGAAAUGGAGAAGCUACACGAGAGGAUAGAGUUCCAACAGAAUCAAAUAGCGAAGUAUCAACGGGACAAGGAAAUGGUACUGUCGGAGCUCGAGCUGGUUAAGGAGAGAUGGGAGAAGGCUCACAACUCCCAUCAAAAAUUAACUCUCGAGCGAGACGACGCAUUGACCGAGAUCGAAAUUCUGAAGGAGAAGCUAGACAAGGCACAGUACGCGAUGAACAAGGCUCACGAGGAACGAGAGAACGCGAACAAAGAGUUCGAGAAGAUGUUGGAGAAAUACGACAGAGCACAGAGCGAAGUGUACCGACUGCAGAAUCGCAUCGAGGUGAUGGAGUCCGACAAAGACAGGCUGGAGCUGGAGGCCGAGAAGCAGCAGAUGCUGGCGCAGAAGAGCCGGGAGGAGGCUCGCAAGGCGCAGGAGGAACUGGCCCGCGUACAGGAGAUGUACGAUCGAGCGGCACUCCAGCUGGGUCGCACGAAGGAACACGAGGAGAAGUCGAAGGAGGACCUGGACAGGCUGUCGGUAGACUUGGAGAUGGUUCGCGAGCGAUACGAGAAAUCUCAGAUCGAGCUGCGCAGGCUUCAGAACGAGCGGGAGAAACUCGUCGCCGACAACGAGCGCAUCAGCUUCGAGCUGGAGCGCGCUCACUCGCAGCUGAACAAGGCGCAGGGGGCCACGGAAAAGACGCAGGAAGAGCUGGCCCGGAUGCAGCUGGAGAUCGAGAAGAUGUACGAGAAGCACGAUCGGCAGCAGGCGGAAGUGCGGAAAGCGCAAGCGGAAGCGGAACGACUGCGCGUCGAAGCGGAGAGCUCGCGCGAGGAGUGCGAGAGGUACGCGACGAGGUUCGGCAAGUAUCAGGAAAGCCAAGAACGGCAAAAGGAGGAGCACGAGUGGGCGAAGCUGGAGGUGGAGCGGCUCCGCGACCGGCUGGAGAAGGCGCUGGCGGAGCUCGAGCGGGCGAGGAAGGCCGAGCAGGACGCCUCGAGGCUGCGCGCCGAUCUGGAACGUGCGGAGGGGGUGCGAGGUAAAUACCAGUACGAGCAGGAGAAGUGGCAGAGCGAGGGUAGUAGGCUACAGCAAGAGGUGGACAAGCUGCGGGAACGUCUGGAUAGCCGCGAGGCGGACCUGAAGAGGACGCAGUCGAGCAACGCCGAGCUCGAGGCGAAGCUGCACGAGACGCAGCUUCAACUCGAGCGGGCGCGCGAGGAUACCAACAAGGCGACCGCGGCCCUGGAGCGGAACCGCGGCGAGAUCGAACGCGCGAAAAUCGAAACCGAGAAGAUACGCGAUCGUCACGACAAGGUGAAGGCGAGAGCGGACGCCCUGGAGGCGGACAACGAGAAGCUUCGCGUGGAGAUAGUACGGCUCGAGAGGUUGAUGCAAACCGAGGGUAAAACCAGGUCGGAGAGCGCGAGCAUCGAGGUCGAACGAUUGCGUGCCAGCCUCGACAAGGCGAUCGUGGCGCGCGAUCAGGUGGAGCUCGAGGCGGGCAGGCUGGCCAAGGAGCUCGAGAAGGCGCACAUGCAGACUGCCAAGUAUCAAGAGGCGGCCGAGGCGAACAAGAAGGAGCUCGAACGGCUGGCAGCGGAGAUGCAGAUGCUCAGGGACGAGCGGGAGGCGAUCAGGCAGGAGCUGAGGAGGGUGCAACAGCAACAGCAGCAACAACAGCAGCAGCAACAGUUGGCCGGCAGCGAGGAGAUGGCUCAUCUUCAGCACGAGUUACAGCUCGCUCAGCGGGAACGUGAUAAGAUGGCGGCGAUCCUAGAGAACCGGGAGAAGCACUCGGAGAAGAUCGAGAAGGUGAAGGAGAAGCUCGAGGCGGAGGCGAAGCAGUUGCAGGUGGAACGGGACCAGCUGAUCAUCCAGCUGGAGAAGUCGCAGGAGAUGCUGGUGAACUUCCAGCAGGAACUGAGCACGAACGAAGCGGAGCUCGAGCGUCAGCGCGAGGAGGUGUGCCGGCUGCAGCAGUUGCAGCAGCAGAGGGUGCACGCGCAAACGCCGGACAGGGCGGCCAAGGAGGCCCUCGAGGCGCAGAUGAGAGAGGUUCACCGGCUGAGCCAGCAGGUGCAGAGUCUGACCCAGGCGCAGACGAAGGAGCGGCAGAGGGCCGAGCAGGCCGAGAAACGGGUGCAGGAGCUGCAAAAGCAGAUCACCUCGAGGGACGCGAGCGCUGCCGCCGGCACCGCGAACGAGGCUCAGGUCGAACAAUGGAGGAAGCUAUGCGAGCAGGAGAAGCAACGGGCGGACGCGGCCGAGAGGCAGGCCAACGAGCUACAGAAACGUAUCCAGAACACCGAGAGGCAGCUGCACGCCCAGCAACAGCAGAUCCAGCAGAUGCAGGUGGCGAUGCAACAGCAACAGCAGCAGCAGCCGCAGCAACAAAACGGCCAGGAGGCCGCCAGGCUGAGAAAGGAGCUCGAACGCGCGCGAGAGGAGGUUAAGCAGGCGGCCGUGGAACGCGAGCGGUUCCAAGCGCAGCUCGAAAAGCUGUGCCAGGAACUGGAGAAAAAUCAGGUGGACUUGCACGAGGCGAACAAGAGAGUGCAAGCACUCCAAGCUGGCGCCGCGAGACCUGGUAUCGACACUACGCAAGAGAGAAGACAGUUGGAGGAACAGAUAAGACAGAUGGAAGAACGAGCGAGGGCCGUAGACCAGAAAGCUAGAACCGUAGAGGAGAAGGAGAGGACGCUCCAAACUCUCGAUCAGGACCUGAAGAAACGGAAGGCGAAAAUGGAUCAGCUGGAACAGCAGUUACAGAAGAGCGGUGGAUCGCCAGACAAGAGGCUGGCGGAAAUGCAGAAGGCUCUCGAGACUGCCGAGAAGGAGAUGGAGAAAGCGAAAGAAGAGUCGGCCAGAAGCUCCGCCGAGACCGAGAGGUUACUGCAGCUGAUACAAAUGACUCAGGAAGAGCAGAACGCCAAGGAAAGACAAAUCAGAGAGCUUCAAGAUGCACUCAAAGCCGCACAAGCCAAGUUGAAACAAGCCGCAACUGCACAGCAAGAGGCGGGUGCCGCCGGAUUCCUAAAAAGCUUCUUCUAAGGUCGAUUUUCGUUGGGGACGCCUUCUCCGUUCUUUUUAGUACAAUUUGCAUAUUAAGCGAACUUUACAAGUACACACGAACUUAUAUUAAAAUACGAAACUUAAAUAAUCGAACGGGAAACGAAAGAAGACACCGUACUGAUUCGCCCACUCUCAUGUCGACAACACAUUUGUCAAGAUACAUAAUUAUUUUACGUAACGCUGCGACCAUUGUUAACAUAUUUAAUAAUUGAUAGCAGGAGAAUAUUGACGAU